CCUCGCCUCAUUGGUCCGCCACAUUGCACUCAAACCUACACGGAACUGUAUGAGGAAGCGGCAGACAAAAAGAAGAGAAAGCAGCACUGUUACCGGAUUAAAAACACAAUUACGAAUGUUUUGGUUGGCUCACGAGAAACAUGUCAACUAAGGAGGGUGGAGAAGGUAAAAAUGGUCAACCCUUGGCCAUGUCGCCUGAAAGAAUGGCCACUGACAAAAGCAGAGAGAACCAGCGUGAAGCUGAGGCAACAGGAGGCACCGCAGACACCAGCACAACAGCAAAAAACUUGGCUUUGCUUAAAGCGCACUCUCUGGACGUGAAAUUCGACGUCGGAGAGGAGUAUGAUGUUAUAGAAACCAUCGGCACGGGGGCCUAUGGAGUUGUUUCAUCUGCCAGGAGAAGGGACAAUGGCCAGCAGGUGGCGAUAAAGAAAAUCUCCAAUGCUUUUGAAGUGGUGACAAAUGCCAAACGCACCCUACGAGAGCUGAAGAUUCUUAAGCACUUCAAACAUGACAACAUUAUUGCCAUCAAAGACAUCCUGCAGCCUAACCUUCCCCACGCUGCCUUCAAGUCUGUGUACGUGGUGCUGGACCUUAUGGAGAGCGACUUGCACCAGAUCAUACACUCUGCCCAGACACUCACCUCAGAGCACACGCGCUACUUCUUGUACCAGCUCCUCCGUGGCCUUAAGUAUGUGCACUCUGCCAACGUCAUCCACCGUGACCUCAAACCCUCCAACCUGUUGGUGAACGAGAACUGUGAGCUAAAAAUUGGUGACUUCGGCAUGGCGAGGGGUCUAAGUUCACACCCUGAGGAGUCUCAUUCCUUCAUGACUGAAUAUGUGGCGACUCGAUGGUACCGUGCUCCUGAACUCCUGCUGUCUCUGAAUCACUAUAGUUUGGCCAUUGACUUGUGGUCUGUGGGCUGCAUCUUUGCGGAGAUGUUGGGGCGCAAGCAGCUUUUUCCUGGAAAGCACUACGUCCACCAGCUCCAGCUCAUUUUGUCUGUGUUAGGCACCCCUCCUGAGGGGCUGAUUGGUGCUAUUAGGGCUGACAGAGUACGCUCCUAUGUUCAGAGUCUUCCAUCACGGACCGCUGUGCCUUUGGCCAAACUGUACCCACAAGCUGAACAAGAGGCUUUGGACCUGUUGGUGGCCAUGUUGCGCUUUGACCCUCGCGAGAGAAUCAGUGUAACACAAGCGCUGGAGCAUCCUUACCUGUCCAAGUACCACGACCCAGAUGAUGAGCCAAUUUGUGUGCCAGCUUUUGACUUUGAGUUUGACAAACUUCCAAUGAACAAGGAACAAAUUAAAGAGGCGAUUCUGAUGGAGAUCCAGGACUUUCAUCUGAACAAACAGGGCUGUCGUCAGAGACUGCAGUUCAGGCCCUUGGCAAGGGAGAAUGGCAGAGCUGCCGCACAAAGCAGUAUCCAGUGUAAUGCUCAGCCCUCGACCGUUAACAUGAGCAAAUCAACACUGGUUCCAAUGGCACAACACCCACAAGCAGCACAGAUUCAGCAACAGCAAAUGAGGGAAGCAAAAUCCCAACAGCAACAAGAGCACACACCAGCAGAAGUGAACCAUACAUUUACAAAUCAGAUGCAAACCUUUAAUGAGCCUGCACCCCUUUUAGAAGUCACCCCGUCUCAUGUGACCCAUAAUUUGCCUCUCCUCUCUAAAAGCGAAAGUGGCCCAGUUGAUGUGGACAUGCCCAGUGCCAACUCAGACAACGGUGAGCCAGAGACUAUAGAUUUAACAACACCAGUCUCUAGUCAGGACACUCAAUCAGAAACAAUGAGAGACAGUGAGGUACAGGAGCAGCUAACCCAAAGUCAGACUCCUCUGACUCAGCCCACCCAGAGCCAGUCCAUGACCCAGGCUCCCACCUCCAUUCCUGCAACGCCAGCACAGGCCACAACACCCCUACCCACCACUGUGCCUUCCCUUUCUCUUUCUGUGGCACAGGCCCAGUCUCUGUCUCAGUCCCUUUCACAGUCACUGUCCAAGAAUGCCAGGCCUCCUCCAAGUGCAGGAGAGGGGGCCAGAAAAGAAGGAGCUAUUUCAGAGGACACUAAAAAUGCACUUAAAGCUGCUUUAUUGAAAUCAGCUCUCAGAAAUAAAGCCAGGGGUGAUGGAGGUAACUCUGCUCUGGGCAUUGACGCUGUUGCAGGAGGUGCAGUACUGUCCGCCCAGUCUUCUGUUCCAGAGUCGCGUCGGCCUGUCACAGCCCAGGAGCGUCAGCGCGAAAGAGAGGAGAAAAGAAGAAAGAGGCAGGAACGGGCAAGAGAGAAGGAGAGGAAAAUGAAGGAAAAGGAGAGAAGAGAGGGAAGACAGGGGGACUCGCUGGGUGGGGUCCUGCUGAGUGACAACGACAAAAGCCUUUUGCAGCGCUGGACAAAGAUGAUGGACAGGCGCAAUGAGAAAUCUCAGACUCCCAACAACGAUGGAACAAAGAAUAAGGAUUGUAAUGUGAACUUGCACCAGGGUGUAGCGGCCGGUGAUAACACUCAAGGAGCACUGAACAAUAAAACAGACGAGGGAAGGAAGAUUCAAUCUCAUGAACAGUUAAUCUCUCAAGUAAAACCCAACCAGCCGGCCAUAUUUCAGCCUUCCAGCACUCAGCAACCAUCAUUACUUUUCUCCAUGAGCCAGAGGAAGCCUCCAGCGGAUAUAGUUGUCGCUGUAAGCGGAGGGAUGGAUAUAAGUAGCUUUGUGAAGAACACCACACUCAAGCCUCACAGUGAGAGCAAUGGACAAAGUGGUUUCAACUGUUUGGGGAAUUGGAGUGGGCAGCAAUUAGAGACGAGGCCACCACAACCAAACAGGAAACCGCAGCCUCCACCGUCGGGCUUUCUUCAGCCCCAGCUCCAACCUCAGUCUCAAACCCAGCCUGACCCUCAACCUCAGUCCCAUCUACUUCCUCUGGAGAGUUUUUUGACUAAAGCUCCAACACUAACCAGCAGAGAGACAAAUGGGAGUGUGGAUAUCAGAGGCCAAAAUAACCUCAACUCCCAUCCAAACCCCUCAACUACAAACGCUGGUCCGAUGGAGAAGCUGUGUCCCUCUGUAGGAGAGAAAUCAGGGCCUCAGUGUACAAACCCUGUCUGUGGGGCUUUAGGGGUCCCCUCACAGCCUCAUCCCAGCUUAGGAUUCACAGAUACUGGACAGCAAGGGCCCUCCAUUGCCCCGGACAUCCAUACAGUAACACUGCAGCUCUCAAAGUCCCAGGUAGAGGACGUUUUACCACCUGUGUUCUCGGUCACCCCUAAAGGCAGUGGGGCAGGGUAUGGCGUGGGCUUUGAUCUGGAUGACCUUCUCAACCAGUCUCUCACAGACCUGCAAAACUGUGACCGGGACAGUUACGACUCUGCCCCCCUAUCUGCCUCACUCUUGUCUGAUUGGAGCGAGGUCCACCGUAUGACUCCAGCCGAUCUGGAAUCACUGCAGCAGGAGUUGCAGCUCGGCUCUCCCAUGAUCCUCUCUGACACCAUUCCCCCUGAUGCCUGACUUUCUCUUCCUCAGAAUUUCAAAGACAACACUUGGAUUUGUGUAAAUGUUAGAUUUCUUUUUGCAUGGAAACUUCAAGUGAAGACUUUAAGAGCUAGCUUUUUGAGUAGGCAGUACCAAGUGGUCUUUACCAUUGACUUGUUGAGCUCAGUUUAUAAUAAAGAACUGUCAUCACUUGU